CGAAUACGCAAGAUCGCGACCUUUCACAGCAAGAAACACAACAUGGGGGUUGCCGAGAGUAAGCCCCACCUCCAAGCUCCUUUCCAGCGCCUCUCUGAAUGUAUCGAUCGUCGGACGUUUGCGCGAGUGGAGAAGCUCUUGACUGACUACGUGGCCAAGGAUUUGGAUUUUGGCCUCGACUCCCACGCGUUGAGUUUGCUCUUAGACGGAGACAAGGAGUGGAGCGACGAGAUCGUCAAAGCAUUUGCAAGUCCAAAUGGAUUGAUCAAUGCGCUCACGUUCAUCACUGGUGCGGCGUUGGCGGUGAUGGGCGAACCAACCGAAAAAGCUGCCUUGUGUUUUCGCGCAUUUGACUUUAGCGGCACCAACACCAUCUCCCUUGACGAAACGACGAUUCUGUUUAUGUGUGCGUUGCGAGGGUUUGUCUUGAUCACGGGCCAAGGUACGAUUCCAAAGGAUGACAAGCUCGAAGCCACAGCGUUGGACGUGUAUCGGACGUAUGACAAGGACAACUAUUCCAAACUCACGAAAGACGAGUUUACGAAAUGGACUACGUCGAAACUCAGCUCCAUCGCACCCUCCGACCUCACCCCCCACCGAUUUCUGCAUGCCCUUGGGCUUGGCAGUGACCCCAUCGUUCCAUCUUCCACUGUGGACAACCAAGAUGGCGGAACUACUCUCGACGGCAUCAUGUCAAACGCUGCACCAGCAGUCUCCUUUUAAAAGUCGGCGUAAUAACACGUCCUUUCAGUGCUACUUAGUAGCAGCACGACAACCCAAUAUUCUGGUUGUAUGUAGAAGAAUGCAAAAUGUACUACAGUACUGCAGUCCUCCAGUACUGUAAUACUCCUCGU